CCAGCCGAACCCGCCCGGCACGCGAGCUUCCCGGGGGUGCAAGCAGCCCCCACCAACUGUCCAUGUGACCGAGAGCGUCUGUGCCCCCAGCCCUUCCGCGCCCGCCGUCCGUCCGAGCGCCACCCUUCCGGCGUGACCCAGGGGCUGCCCUGAUGGACCCGGCCCUCUUUCGGAUCCGUCAUUCUGUCUGUGGCCUUCCGUUUCUCCUGGUCUCCGCGCCCGUGCUCUUUGAUUAUGCCUUUCAGCGCGUCCCCCGCUGUUCACACUCUCCCUGGGUGAAGCUUGGGCAGAGUCCCGAGCGACCGAGUUUGGGGUGGGGCUGCAGAGACAGGUCCUGCGAUUUCCGCAGAGGCUCCUGUGCGAGCCGCUCAGAAAGGCCUCUCCAGCCUCAGUACCUGCGAACCCGGGUUAGGUCAGACGGCGGAGGCCAGGGCUGUGGCAGUCGGAGGGGCGUCCUCGUGUGCUAGCCGGGGCCCACCGCAGGCUGCUUUCGCAGGACCCGCCCUCUUUCCCUCGUUCUUUCGUUCAUUCAAUAGCCUCUCAAGAAAACACCAUGAAAAAUACUGAUAUCAAGAGACUACUGUAUACCCAUCUUUUAUGCAUAUUUUCAAUUAUCCUAAGCAUCUUCAUUCCAUCAUUCUUCUUGGAGAACUUCUCAAUAUUGGAAACACACUUGACAUGGUUGUGCAUCUGUUCUAUUUUUGUAACUGCCGUCAAUCUAGUAUUAUAUUUAGUAGUGAAACCAAAUGCAUCCUCUAAAAGAAGUUCAUUGUCAUACAAGGUAACCAGGUUUUUGAAAUGCUGUAUCUACUUUCUUAUGUCAUGUUUCUUCUUUCAUGUAAUUUUUGUUCUAUAUGGAGCACCGCUCAUAGAGUUGGUGUUGGAAACAUUUUUAUUUGCAGUUAUUUUGUCCACCUUUACUACUGUACCUUGUUUGUGUUUGUUAGGACCAAACCUCAAAGCAUGGCUAAGAGUUUUCAGUAGAAAUGGAGUUACAUCCAUUUGGGAGAACAGUCUUCAGAUCACUACAAUUUCUAGCUUUAUAGGAACGUGGCUCGGAGCCUUUCCUAUUCCACUCGAUUGGGAGAGACCAUGGCAGGUAUGGCCCAUCUCCUGUACGCUUGGAGCGACCUUUGGCUACGUGGCUGGCCUUGUGAUUUCACCACUCUGGAUAUACUGGAAUAGAAAGCAACUUACAUACAAGAACAAUUAAUUGGAGCAAAGGGAGAAGAUAUUUCUUUGUGCAGAUUCCAUAAAGACUGUGCGGAAAUAUAUAUGGUCUAAGCCAGGCAGUCCCAUUUACAGCACUGUUUUUUAUGUAGUUACAACAUGGUGUGAUUGUAGCUUUUUAAACUAUGAAACCCCUGAGAGAUUGUACCUUCUAGUUGAAAUAAAGUAUUUAUAAUAGAUUGUGGCU